GGCUGCAGAAGUUGCACACCAAAACGGAUGUAGAGGCGGAUGUGAAUACAUCCGCAAAAAAUAAAUGUUGAUACAAAAAUAAUGAGCAAGAAAAGCAAUGUCUGGCAGUUUUUCAGCAAGACCAGCGACACGGUGGCCACAUGCUGCCUGUGCAAAAGAGAUUACUCCCGAAAGGGCCGAGGCACCACCUGCCUGAGGAAUCAUUUGAAGAGCAAACACAGAGCGGAGUUCCGCGAACUAUCCGAAGACGUUCAGGCUUUGGUAAAAAAAGAAGUAACGGAGCAGUUACCAUCGCAAAUAGAAGUCAAUCUGCUGCAGAAGAUUGCAGCAGAUCCCUUGGAAACGGGCAAUGAAGAUCAGUUGUACGCACGCUGCGACGAACAUUUAGCACAAAUAUUUCUCAAUCACUCCUUCGACUUGGUAGAAAGCUCCGGAUUCGUCAACUUUGUGAAAGUUUUGCAUUCGGGCUAUGCGAUCAAGACGAGGAGUUAUUAUGAGAAUAUAUUGUGUCAGGAUAUCCACAAGAGAGUCCACACUCGAGUGAAGCUCAAGUUGGAUCUGCUGGAUGCCGUCUCCCUGAGCAGCAGUCUGCGGUGGGCCAAUAACGAUGGCCUGCUCAGCUUCACCUGUUUUGGCAUCUCAAGUGAUUUCCAGGCUCAGCGUUUCACGCUCAAAUGCAAGGCUCUUAAUUAUGAGGAUGCCGACCGAGUUGCCUACUGCAUUCAGGAUUUGAUCUCUGGCUUGGAGCUGCCCAAGGAGAAGGUACAUUGCAUCAUCAGAGAUGAGGCCACAGUUCUGGCCGGCGCACCACCCGACUGCUGUGUUUCCCGCCUGCAAAUGUGCGUCAGAUUCGCCCUGCAAGAUAAUCAAAUGCUACAGAAUCUCAUCGCGAAGUGCAAGCAAAUUGUUGAUCAGUUUGCAUCCUCACCGCUGGCCCAUGAGCAUCUGAAGUUCAUACAAGACAUGCGCCUCAAGCAAGAGCAGUGCUCCAUUCUAGACGAAAGUCCCAUUAAAUGGAACUCUGCCUUCAAGAUGAUGGGCCGUGUGCUCAAGCUAAAGGAUGCCCUAAUGCUGUACGCGGAAGAGUAUAGUCUGGUCGAAAUGUAUGCGGAUGAAUGGCUGGACAUGGAUUUGUGCAUGAAAUUAAUGCAGCCUGUCGAGGAAAUCAUCAAAAUGUGGAGCCAACCUUCAACGACAGCGUCUUCGGUGAUUCCGCUUGUGGCUGCCUUGAGGGAUUCCCUUCAAGCAGAUCUACACAACUUUGUUCCCUCCGUGACCAUUUGCAGCUUUUGCCGUAAACUGCUGGAAGAACUUGAACUGAAGUUCUCUCAUAUUAACACAGAUAUCAAAUAUCUGGUGGCCACAUAUUUGGAUCCGCGCUAUAAGCAAGCCUUCUUCAAUGAACGCGAACAGCAGCUGGUGACCAACAACGUGCUGCAGCAACUAAGCAGCAGUCAAAGCGACGGCGUGGGUCAGCCUCUGCUGCAAAAAGUAAAAAUAUCCCCUACACAAAUUAAGAUUGAAUCAAAGAUUGAUGCCAUUUUGGAUAACAUACUGGCCGCUGGCUCUGGGCAUAAUCCAGCAGCCGAUGGAGCUCACUCGCAGCUUAAAAAUCUCCUUUAUCUAUACAACUCCGAGCCGAGAAUUGAUAGGAGCAUGGAUCCUUUGGUGUGGUGGAAAACAAACAUCAAAUUCAGUCCCCUGUUUGGCAUUGUUCGGCAAUUUCUUUCGGCUCCCGCAGCCAGUGCAUCCAACGAGGCAUUGUUGCGCGAAUCGGCACAUUUGUAUAGAGAUAUGCAGGCGCAUCUGAGUGCCGAAAGUGUGUCCAAAAUUUUGUUUAUCAAGGCCAACUCUAAAGUCUGAAGCUUUCUGCACUUUAAUCUUAAAACUAAAUGAAUUCUUAAGCUGUAUUUAUUAGCCCCUGUAGUCGGGAUCAUUAUGCUCCUCGUCAUCUUCUUCCUCUUCGUCGUCUUCAUCUGAAUAAAUAAGAAAUUGUUUUGA